CCAUCUCUAUAGAAGCUAAAAUACAACUCGUCUUCCCAAAAGUGAUUUUCGCUAUUUUUCGUACCGCUUUUAGUGCUUGUAGUUAACGUAUUUAUUAAACCCAUUCUGAAAAAGUGCUGUCCCGCCGUUCCUAGUGUAUAUUUAACUGUGAUUUUCCGGAUGUGCGUUAUUGGUGGCUCGGGAAAUGCCCCGUCCUUGGAAUGAUUAUUGGGAGGCUGCGGGACAAUCGUUGGGAAAAUAAAAAAGUAGCAGCAGCUUGCAAUUCGGAAGGGCCGCAGUGCACCAGCUGCUACAUUGUGACAGGUGCAGAAGUAGCGGGCACACACCACGAGCACCUACAUAUUCCGUCCAUCUCACCGAAACAACAAGAACAACAAUGGCAGGCACGGCAACGGCGACGCCAAUGGAAAUUGACGAAUUCAUAAAUGGAGCACUCGUUUCUUGGCUGGAAUCAUGCCUGCCGCGAGCGGAGUUGCUCGCGGGCUAUACUUCUCUGCUCGAUGGCCACAUUAUCCACAGCGUUUGGCUGCAGAUCGAUCCGGAGCCGCAGAACAAUCCCAGCGAGCUGAACGAUCUCAAUGGAAAGUCGCUGAGCAUUGCGAGGGCCAAGAACUUCGAAUGCAUUGUGCGGAAUCUCAAGGCCCUGUUCGAGGAGGAGCUGGGCCAGACCAUACUGGUCCUGCCCGAUGCCUUCACUUUGGGCCACCAUCCGGAGAGCAGGAGCGGCCUGGACCAGAUGCGGACGCUGCUCACGCUGCUGCUCGGUGCCGCCGUGCAGUGUCCCAACAAGGAGCUGUUCAUUGCCCGUAUCAAGGAGCUGGAUCUGGAGACGCAGCAUGCCAUUGUGGCGUUGAUCAAGCAGGUAACAGACAGUCACAGCCUGGUGCUCACCGAGGACUCUGUGGAACGGCUGACACCGCAAAGUAUGUACACGCACAUCCUGCGCCUCACGAAGGAGCGGGAUCUCAUGUAUCUGAAGUGGAUCGAUCUGGCCUGCGUGGAGCCCGAAAUGGCCGCUGGCGACAAUCUCGUGGAAUGCAGCCAGGGCGUCAGUGUGCCUCGCUCCCCGUCCAACGGAACGGCAACCUCAACGCCCUCAUCGUCCUCCAACUCGGAGAGCAAUCACUUAGCCGUAGAGUGUGCGGAUCUCAGGUCUAAGAACCGCAAGUUGCGACAGGAGCUUGAGGAAAAAUCAGAGAAUCUCUUGGAGCUGCGGGAGGAGCUCGAUGACAAGAAAGUGCGCUUCGAUAAGCUGCGGCAGGAGAGCCAGGAAUGGUUUACGGAGGCCAAGCGGGCGUCUGCUUAUCGCGACGAGGUGGACAUCCUAAGGGAGCGCGCGGAGCGUGCAGAUCGCCUGGAGGUGGAGGUCCAGAAGUAUCGUGAAAAACUCGGUGAUUCCGACUUUUAUAAGUCGCGCGUAGAGGAGCUGCGUGAGGACAACCGCGUGCUGUUGGAAUCAAAGGAAAUGCUUGAGGAGCAGCUGCAACGUUAUCGUAAACGUUCAGAGCACGCCAUUUCCUUGGAGUCCGAGAUCAUUAAGUACAAGCAGAAGCUCAACGAUAUGGCGCUGGAACGGGACGUGGACCGAUCGAAGCUCGAGGAGCUGCUGGAGGAGAAUGCCCAGUUGCAGCUGGUGGCUAAGAAUCUCAAUACGACUCAGGAGCUGGACAAGUCCUUCUCUGACAACGAAGACGACUGCAACUCUGGCGACAACAGUCUUUCCGAACAGCUCACGAACAAUGCCCAGACACGUGCUCUUAAACUGGAGCUGGAGAAUCGUCGCUUGACGGCCGCCCUGGAGCAGAUGAAGGAGAGCAACUUUCACGAGACCUCCGGCAAGAUGCUGGAGCUGGAGAAGGAAAAGAAAAAGCUCUCGCUAAAAAUUGAACAGAUGCAGGAAAAUGUCCAGCGGCUUACCCAGCAGAAUGUCGAGCUAGAAGGCGUCUUCAAGAACGCUCUGGAGGAGAACAAGAAGUUACAAGACGCCUUGGACAGUCGGCAGAAAAGCUACGACCGCCAGAGUCUCGAGCGGGAGACGGAUCGCCAGAAGCUGGCCGAUGCGGAGCAGCAUGUGGAGACUCUGAACAAGGAGAAGCAGCGCAUACAGACGCUAAACGAGAGCAUUCAGCGUCGAGCCGACGAUCUGGAGCGGCUGGCUGAAAGCAAAGCCAAGGAGCUGGAGCAAUAUACAGAGAAGUCCAAGCAACACGAACAGACCCGCCAGAGGCUUUACGAGAUCGAGGCCAAGGUAUCGACCUAUGAGCGCGAGAACGCCAGCUUGGUCAAAGAGGUGUCAAAGCUGAAGGAGGGCAGCGAACAGAAGUCCGUGCAGCUGGACGAGAGCGUCAACCGACUUGAUGCCCAGGCCAAGGAGUUGGUCAGGCUGACCAAAACCCUCGAGGAGGCCGAGCAGGUGCAGCUAAAACUCGUGGAGCUGGAGAAGCAGAACCAGGAGCUAGUCUCGCAACGCAACAUUGACCAGGAGAUGAUAAGCACACUACGCAAUGACCUGGUUACCGGAACUCUUGUAACAAAGAAGGUGCGACACAACCUGGAGAAGCUCGGCCUCGCCGACGAAGAGCCCGGCGAACUGAACGUUGAGCAUGUGGUGGAGAAGCUUGUACGUAAUCCGGAAACCUUCAAGACUGUGCGAGAGAUCAUGCUAAACGUGACGCGCGAACAGCAACAAAUGGAGGACGACGGUGAUCACGAGGGCGGAGGCGUCAAAUCGGACAUGUGUGUGCUUUGCCACCGCCAGGAAAUAUUCACCGUAGAAAAGAACAUCGAGCUAGCGGCGUCUGCUCCUGCAGCGUCGGUUGCGGCGCAGCCUUCCUCCCAGGAACUGCGGUUCGAGCAUAAGGUUCGUCUUAGCCCGGCACGCGAGUCAGCAGAACUGACGCGCCUCAAAGACUCAAACACACAGUUGCAGACGGAGAAUGCCCGGCUCAGUGUGGACGUUGCUGCCUUGGGCUCCCAGAUUACGUCGCUAAAUACUCAGCAUGUGGCCCUACAGCUGGCCAACUCGCAGCUGGCGGCCGAAAAGGAUACCUUGCUAAAGGAAAUCGAUUCGCUGCAGCAGGAGCACAAGCAUGCGCUGCAGGACCAAGUGACGUUGCAGUGUCUGCACGAUCAGCUCUCCGCCGAAUACGAAUCGCUGAACAAGGACAAGGAACAGCUGAAGGCGGCGGUGCGGGAUCUACGACAGGAGAUGCGCGACACCCGCGAACAACAAACGGCUCUGGAGCAACGCAUUGAAGAGCUGACCACGCAGAACAACAAUAUGAAGACCUGUAGCGAGGAUCUGUCCAUUCUGCGCACUGAGCACUCCAAGCUUACCGACGACUUCCGCAACCUAUUCGCCACCAGUGAUCGGUUCAAGAACGAGUACAAGAACAUCCAGGAGCAGUACAAGAUGAUACGCAUGGAGCACUCGAGCCUUAAGCUGCACAAUACGGAGCUAACCGGCGAGCUGAACACGAAGAGCGACCAAGUUCGUCAUCUCCAAGUGGAGUACACUAAGGUUCAGCAACGCUGCGAGAUGCUCAUUCAAAACAAUGCCGAUCUGGAUUCAGAGCGCAAGGCCUUAAUGGACAAUGUGUCACAGUUACUCUCCCAAUAUCAGGAGCUCUUGGCGAUUUCCCUCGAGGACAAGAAGCACUUUCACGAAGAGGAGAAGAACUACACCGAACGGGUGCACAGUCUUAAGCGACAAAAGGAAAAGCUGGAGGAGAAAAUCAUGGAGCACUACAAAAAGACCGAAGUCACAGUCCACAAGAAAAAACCCUUUGCCAUUGGUCUGGUUAGAAGAGUGAAGAAGGCCAGCUCGGAUUUGAUGAACAAAGUGCCCAGUCGAAACCGUCGCUCCUGGGUAGAUGAUGCCCGAACCAGUUCACAAUUUGUAAUCGGCUCUGAGUCCGGCGGUAAUGAGUCGGAUAAUAGCAACGAGGAGCCCAUAUCCAUUGCCUCCGAUACGCAUCUGCUCCAGCGAAACAUUCCGCUUCGCCAGAGCCUGCAGCGGGACUUGCUGGAUAACUCCAUCCAACGCGGAGGUGCCGUGCGCAGUAGCCUGCAGGCACAGAAACGUACGGAUUUGAAUAACUCACGUAGAAAUAGCGUGCACGGCAGUCUUGAAGCGCCAGACGUGACGGGCAGCAGCCUGACGCUGGGCACAGCUGGCUCCCGACGCACCGUUUAUCUAAUCGACGAGCACCAGAAGCUACCCGAUGGUAGCUCCGCCCAGCAGCAGCAAUCGUCGGGCGGUAGCAAUGCCCCAGCAACUACUGCACCAGCGCCGGAGCCACCUCAGACGCCGCAGAAGACGGGCGACACCACGGCUAGUAGUGGCCCAGCCACAUUUCUCAUGUACAAUCGGAUUAACACAACGAUCGGCGGUGCCUCGACCAGCGGCGACCAGAGCCCUUUGCUUCCUGCCGCUAGCACUAGUACUCCUCUGCAGGACGACAAGACGGCGCGGAAGCGGACCGAGGACAAGAGCAAUAGCAUCUGGUAUGAAUACGGAUGCGUCUAGGGCUUAAAUCAAGUAUACGAAUUUGAAAUUGAACUUGAAUAUUAAUGCAUUUUGCGCUGACGAAGUAUUAUUUCGUUUUAGAAAUUACGAAUUUAUUUUUAAAAUGCAUUUAGAACAUCGAUGUUGCCUUAAGUCCAUGUAACACAGUGUAAUAAGUGUAAAAGUGCUGCUUAAACCGCUAUGAUUUGCCUUAAGACUAUACUUACUAUAGUACCAACGUAUUUAUGCAAUAUAAACAAAAAACAAAAACUCCAAAAGAAGACUAAGAGCCAGCCAGGCCAACGAACUCAUAACUAUCCAGUAUACACAAGCCUACUCUACAAAUACAAACUAUUAAACGUGUUAACCCUUAGCUAUGCUAUGUAUACCGAUGCCUCAGUGUUGCGUCCAAAGCGGAAAGGCUUUCUUUUCCCGUUUCUAUGUAUUCUACCUAUGUAUUCCUAUGUAUAUCGUUCUCUGCUAGCAGCUAAUAACUAACAAACGCGCCUUCAAUUUGUGAAUAUAUAUAUUUUUUUAUAUAAAUUACCGUAUCGUAGCCUUGUACUAUUUAUUGACGCGAAGAGCCUAACAACGCAAUAAAAGUAAGCAAACAUAA